CUUUUAUUAAUUUCAGUUACAAAAGCUAAAUUCAAAAUUCUGAAAUUAGUUGUGUGAAAAAGUAGUCAUAAUUUCCCAGUGAACAUAGAUGAAUUAUAUUGGAUAUAAUAUUUAUUAAUACAUUAUGACUGAGCUUAUUUAUUCACAUUUUCAAGAUCCUAAUUCUAGCAGAUAUGAAAAAAGCUUGGGAUUACUUACAACUAAGUUUGUUAAUUUGCUACAGGAAGCUAAAGAUGGAAUAUUAGAUUUAAAAUCAGCUGCUGAUAUAUUAUCUGUUAGACAAAAAAGAAGAAUAUAUGAUAUAACUAACGUCUUAGAAGGAAUAGGGCUUAUUGAAAAGCGUUCUAAAAACAGUAUUCAAUGGAAAGGAGGUGGUCCUGGUUCAGAUAAUCCUGAAGUUUUUCAAAAACUUCAAAAUUUAAAAAAUGAAAUAAUUAAUAUAAAUAUAUGUGAGAACAACUUAGACAAUUUGAUAAAAAUGGCAAAACAAAAUAUAACUAAUAUUGUUGAAGAUGAUGAAAACAAAAAAUAUUUAUAUAUAAAACCAGAAGAAAUAUUUAAUUUUUAUACAGAGGACAACAUGUUAAUGUUUUUAAAACACCCUAUGGAUGCAGUCAUCCAGAUUACACCUAAUCAAAUGGACAACUCACAAUUAUCCAUUAAAAGUGCCUCCAAACCAAUCACAGUUUUGAUAGCUGAUUCGAAAGCUAUUAAAAGCUAUAAAAAUGCACAUUUAACUCUCAACAAUAAAUGUGUUAAAAAACAAAAUCCUGAACCUAAUAUAGAGCAAAAAGUUGGGAUAGAAACAUGUUAUGAUAUUACCAAUUCAGUCAAGAGAAUCAAAACUCUCGAUGAUUGUAGUUACACUAAUUCAGAUGAAAAAAUGCAAAUCUUACAAAAUACCUCACUCUCUAUACCCCAAAUCAAUGCAAAUGAUGAAAAUCUUAAGGAGUUACAUGAAUCCUCAACUACUUCUUCCUCCAUUUUGGAACAUAAUAUGGCCACAAGAAGUAAAACGGGUAAAAGUCCAGCACGAUCAAUAUAUAUGAAGAUUAAUCCAUCAAACUCGUCAACAACUACUUUCCAAACACCGACUCGCAAUUCGGUUAAAUCUCUUAAUAGCAAUCUUAAAUCGAAUCCCAAUAACACAAAUAUAUUUUCCCCUAAACUGAACGUCAGCUUAAAUAGCAGUUUUAUACUCAAUGAAUUAGAUGAGACCCUGUUACUCUCUGGUUUAUAUCCCAAAAUUGAAGAGCAUUGCAAUGAAGACUUAUUCGCAACAGCUGACACAUAUUCUCCCCUCCUAAAGUUAAGCCCACCUUUAACCGAAAAGGAAUAUUUAUUCAACUUAGAUGAAACAGAAGGUGUUUGCGAUUUUUUUGAUAUACAUUUGAUGACUUGAAAUAAACAAAUCAUCGAUCCUUGAAGUAGUUCGCCUCUACACAUUUAAACAAUUAUAACCUCUUUUGAUAAAUUGAUAUAUUAUUUCCCUCGCGUUAAAUUAUUUAUUGAAUUCUAUUUCUCCAUUAAAUAACUAAUAUAAUCAUCAGCUAAUGAGAUAAUAACCGAUUAUCUUAAUUUAGGUCUCUUUAGAAGAAUAUUUUUUUAUAUAACAUAUUCUUCUCAAAAUCAAUGAUUUUUUUUAAAAAUCAAUAUUAUACUAAAGUAUUAUGUUUAUAAAUUUUCGCAUAAAAUAAUGUAAUACAUGUUAAGAUUUACGAGGUACUAAUUUCAUAAUGUUAUAUUAUUCCAUUAUCUUAUGAUUUCAUUAAUACCACCUAUUAUUAUAAUACUUCUCUUUUUUUAAAAGAAAAAUGUCUAUUUAUUUUUCAAUAUAUCAAUUGCAUACUUUUAAAUUAAUGAAGAACCUAAAAAU